GACUCACGUCUCGAUGAAGCAGACUUGAGAUCGCUACCUGCCCUCCGUUCGUGCACACUAUGAUGUCACUACUAUAAAGAGCGACAUCACUUUCGCCGACAUACACUUCCUGCGGCUGACGUCAGUCACUUUUCGGGCACAUAAAUAUGGAAAGACGACUUCUCCCCGGUAUUGAACAGCACAGGAAGAACAAAUACAGUGCAAGAGAAUUCAGCACAAAAUAUUUUUUUCCUUUAGGACAUCAAACAUCGUUUUAACAGGCGAAGAAGCAGUUUAAGGGAAAAGACAGAAAUGUUGGUUUGCGUAUGAAAAUACUUGUCUGAUCGAAUCCUCGUUGUUUUUUUAAUAUACUUAUUGGAAAUUUACAUAAUUUUGCAAAACAUAAUUUAGCUAUGCAUAUCUUUAAUUGCAUUUCUUGGAAGACAUCGACUAAAUUUGCUAUCCCAAUCAUGACUCUUAACAAAGGCAAUAAGCUGCGGAAUACGGAGAAAAAGAGGAAUACCGUUCCUUUUUCGGGAUACCAUCAAAGUCGCCACAAAAGAAGCCUCACCGCGGACAGCGGUAUAAACUCCGAGCUCUUGGGCAGGCAGGCAGCUGUGCUUCGGAGCGAUGCCCUGGAGCCGUUCAGCAGCAGUCGCCCCGAAGGACACGUGCACAAGGUCGUUCUCCUGGGUGAACAUGGCGUUGGCAAGUCCUGUCUCGCACAGAUUUUCGGGCAAGUUGAGGACGGGCACGACUGCGACGAAGCAGGAGGCAUGUAUAACCGGUGCAUUGUUGUGGAUGAAGAAGAAGCCACAAUUUUAUUAUAUGACGCAGAGCAGGAAAACAGCCAAUGGCAGAGAGAGCAGUGUCUGCGCAUGGGAGAUGCCUAUAUCAUUGUAUAUUCAGUCACGGACAAGACCAGUUUCGAGAAGGCGUCCGAACUGCGUAUCCAGCUGCGCAGUGCUAGGCAAACAGACAACAUCCCCAUUAUUUUGGUGGGGAACAAGAGUGACCUGGUUCGUUCCAGAGAGGUUUCUGUGGAUGAGGGCAGAGCUUGCGCCAUGGUCUUUGACUGCAAGUUCAUAGAGACGUCAGCCUCACUGAACCACAACGUGCAGGAGCUGUUCGAGGGCAUCGUGAGGCAGAUCCGGCUGCGCCAAGACAGCAAGGAGCAGAACGCCCGGCGGCAGGCCACCUGUAGGAGGCAUGAGAGCGUCAGCAAGAAAGCCAAGCGCUUCAUUCGUCAGAUAGUUGCCAGAAAGAACAAGAAAAUGGCCUUCAAGCAGAAGUCAAAGUCCUGCCAUGACCUCAGUGUCCUUUAAAUCCCAGAAGCUCUGCUUGUGCCAACAUGACCACAUGCUGUGACACGAACGUGUGUUUUCAACACCAUCAUCAGGACUAAACAGACUUUACACAAAUAUAUUUACUCUGUAUCUUGUUUACUCAAAGUUAUUUUUCGAAGAAAAAAAACAAGCUCUGGUUAUUUGAUAACACAUAUAGUAAUACAUAUGGUAACCAUAUUCUAACACAUCUUAAGGAAGGUAUAGUUAUUUAUUUAACUGCAUCUUUAGCGUAAAUAAUUAGGAAUUUGGCUUAUGGAUGUAAUUUAAGCUUAUUGUAGGAAAGGUUUGGUUAUAAAAAUAAUAUUAUUUGUACUUAUUUAAUUUUUUUAGCUUUGAGGCACAGCUGUAGGUCUAACUGCUCAGCAAGGUAAAAGAUAUGCACUUAUAUCGUAUAUGAGGUCAGAAAGAUGAGGUAAACGCCACUGUCUUAGACAUCUACGUGAUCAUACUGUACACUGGUGCAAGAUCAUGGGCUGGUAUUUUGUAUUUUAAAAAAUAUAUAUUUCUUAUACCAUCUUCUAAUAAACACUCCUAGUAUGAAUGAAUGCAACAGAAGCAAUAAAGUAUGUGAUGUGAACUUUUAUUUUUUAAACAUUUCGUUUACUUGGACUAUUGACUUGACCUUUUUAUGU